GUAGUACUAAAAGUGGGAACAGGAUGUUUUCAUUUCUGUGAUUGGUUCUUCAGUGUCUGGGCCUUCGCGGUUAUAAUAACGCGUUUGCAACUGUUUAACAGAAAUAGGGACUCUAAACAGGAAUACUAAAAACUGUGGCUAAAUAAUGACAGAAUGGAUGUAGCGGAAGAAGGACGUAGUCAUUUGUAGAGGCUUGUUUUAGCUGCGCGGUGGAGGUGCUGUGCCUCUGCUGCAGCUCUGGAUCACUUUGAGCUGUGACCUAUGGGCUUGACAGGAAUGAAGAAAGUUGUACAACACUUGAUAACUUCAUAUAAAAGGAACUACUCAUUAUCUUGCGAUCAAAACUUCCCAUCCAGAUUUUCAAAUGAAAAUGGAGGAUAUGCCCCUGUCAGGCCCAGACAACACCAGGCUGGAGGCUUUGGUGCAUGACAUCUACUCAGAGCUGGUGGAUGAUGCCUGUUUGGGCCUGUGUUUUGAGGUGCAUCGUGCAGUCAAACAAGGCUACUUCUUUUUGGAUGAAACUGACCCAGAAAGCAUGAAGGAAUUUGAAAUUGUGGACCAACCUGGAGUGGACAUAUUUGGCCAAGUCUAUAACCAGUGGAAAAACAAAGAGUGUGAAUGUCCCAACUGUAAAAGGCUGAUCGCUGCGUCUCGCUUUGCCCCUCACCUGGAGAAGUGUCUGGGGAUGGGACGCAACAGCAGCCGCAUCGCCAACCGCAGGCUAGCCACAAAUAACACCAUGAGUAAAUCUGAAAGCGAUCAAGAGGACAACGACGACCUGAAUGACAAUGACUGGUCCUACGGAGCAGAGAAAAAAUCAAAGAAACGAAAGCCAGAAAAGAAUCAGACAUCUCCAAGAAGGUCAAAAUCACUCAAACAUAAAAAUGGUGAACUUAGCGGCAGUGUCCCAUCAGACGCCUAUAAGUACAACUACAGCUCUGGUAUUAACUACGAAACACUGGGCCCAGAUGAAGUUCGAUCUGUGCUAACAACGCAAUGUGGCGUGAUCUCCGAACACUCCAAGAAAAUGUGUAACAGGUCUCAGCGAUGCCCCCAGCACACGGACGAGCAGAGGAGGGCCGUCAGGGUGUUCCUCCUGGGGCCGUCCGCGCCUCCACUCCCUGACGCCGACGCUGUGACAGAGAGUGACAGUUUUGACAUUCCCGAUGGACAGAGCCUGAUGAGCCGUUUACAAUGGGAAGAUUCACCUGACGUUUCUCCCACCGACUCUGCCUCGUCUAAAGCCAGCACUAACCAUUCAGACUCUCGAAGACCUAAGAAGAAGAAGAGGAUGUCUCUGAGUAUGAACAGCAGCAGCGGAGGAGGAGGAGGCGGAGGGGGUGGAGGGAGUGGAGGUGGAGGCAGCGCGGGAGGACCCUCUGGUGGUAACGGAGGAGGUAACAGCAGCAGCAGCUCUCAAAGUAACACCGGCUUAUCGUCCAAAAAGAAGAGGCCCAAACCCUCAGGACCCUCCAUGUCCAGUAUCUACGACGACUGAACGCAGCAGCUUCUGAUGACUAUAUUCUGAUCAUAUCGAUGGCUCUUAAACGGCGCCGAUUCAAAAGAAGAAAGAAGAACGUAACGUGGGAAAAGUUUAAAUUAAAAGUAAAGUUAUGAUCUGUAAAUAUUAUAAAAACAUUCACAGUAAAACAUAAACUACAGAGACAUUUAAGAUACUAUGACUAUUACUACUAUGACUACGACUACUACGACAACUACUACUACGACUACUUUGACUACUGCAUUUAAGAUAUUGUCUAAGAGUUGAUCCAAAUAAUAGCUGUUUUUAUAUUUACAAUUAUUAUUAUUACUACGACGACGACUACUACUACUAUUACUACUACUACUACCACUACCAUUACCAUUAAUAAUAGCUAAUACUACAACAACGACUAAAACUCCUACUGCUCCUGCUACUGCUAAUACUAAAUAUUAAUAAUAAUAGCUUGAAGUUGUAGCUUGAAGCACUGAAAACAGCAUUUAUUUCCUUUAAACAAAAAUAAAAUAAGACAGAACAGAUCCAGACAUGUUCUGUAGCUGUUGUUCAUCUCUUAAGUAACUUCAGAACAGCUUUAUAUAAAUAAAAAUUCAAAUAUUAUGAGACUUUCUAGUGCAACUAUAGUAAAAACUCUUAUUACAUCAAUGUACAUGACCAACCAAGGAUAUCAGCUUAAUCGAUAUUUGGAAGCUGAUAUCUGAUCCAUCAAGUUUUUCAGUAUCGGUGCCUAUAUCAAAUCAAUCCCAAGUUUGAUGUUUGAGCUUUUUGUAAAUUUAAACGCCUACAAUUCUGCAUAUUUUAAAAAGUCCCGUUUCAGCCCAUGAUGCGGUUUUGUGUUUCACUGUGAAUAACUUUAUGAUAUUUGUAGACCAUAGCGUUUUAGUAUAAUUUUGGUUUUAAAAAGAAGAAUUUCCACUUUCGUCUCAUUUUGAAAGUCAUCAGCCUCACAUGUAUAUAUCAUAAAACAAGGGUGAAUUGGCCAAGGCUUUAUUUAACUUUGUAAUAAUUUAAAGACUGUUUUAUUUUAGGCUCCAAAUCGUAACACCUCCUUUUAAUUUGACCUGUGUGAAAUGUUACAGCGUUUCUUAAAAGGCCAAUAUUACAUUAUUCUCUGAUCUGUUCUAAUGUUGUUUCCUCAUCACAAACAGAUCUGGAGUUAUGUUUUGUUUCAUUCACACAUGUUUAACACACAACCCCUGCAUAUUAAGAGUUCUUCUCCCAAACUGAAAACACUCUGUUUCACCUUGUGAUGUCAUCAUGUGGUAAUACAGGAAGUGCUCCACUGUGUUUGUAAAUUCCAUACAGCUUUACUAUGAUCAUUGGAUUAUUUCAACCCUGGAAUUGCACAAACUCUAUUGAACAAUAGGUCAAAAGUAGCUGCUAACUUGAAAACUACCACUUCAUGACAUCACAAGGUGGAACAGAGCAUUUUGAGCUUUGGAGAUGUAGACAGACUAAUAAUAAAGUGUUACUCAAACAUGUGUGAAUGAAAUAAAACACAACUCCAGGUCUGUUUUUGAGGAGGUACCAGCAUUAGAACAUGGAUUAAAGCUCACAACAGUAAAUUUUGUGUAAUAUAGGACCUUUAAUAAAAAAUAAAUUAAAAAAACCUAAAACGCUGUCAUUUUAAAAUUUUCAAUGCUAGAAAUUGGCCAAAGUUUUUAUUAUUUAUGUAAAAAAAAUAUUUGAAUUUGGAGUUGGAUAUGCAUCAUAUUACAGCCCCAAAGGAAUUAUUAUUAUUAAGCAGGUCCAUCUUUCUAUAAAUUGACCUUGACUUUUAUUUUGACACGAUUUAGCCUCUUCAAAAUGGACACUUGACAUUAGUUGAUUUGAAUGCUCACGUGUGGUUUUUGAGUCUGGAUUUCUGGCAUUCUAUUGCACAUUUGCCUGUGUGUUUGUAUAGUAUGCUCUGUUUUGUGAGAUAAGCGUUGGUUUCUGUGUGGUGAGUGUGGUUCCAGGAUGCAACCCAUAGACUGUAUAUAUAAAUGGACAUGGCUAACGCACUAGGCGCCGCGUUUCAAACAGGAAGUGAUCAUGGAUGCGCUUCCGACUCCAUCGACUACAUGAUCUGUAAAUCAAGAUAUGAACAUUAAAAACAGACAAAUCAAACACCUUCUUUCCCAACAUUGCUCCCGCUAGCGUUAGCAACAGGUUUGAUUGACAGCAUUACUAAGCACCCGCUCCCUACUAAAUCAGUGGUGCGGGCGGGAAGGGGUGUUACCUUCAACAGCCUCACUCCGGAUUGGCUCUUUGGUUGCUAUGAUACUCGUGGUCGGAAUUCCAAAUAUGGAACUCGGCUCCAAAUUGUCCGCUAUAUCUGCUCUAGCCUCGAUGAGCUUCAUUUGACUGGAGCUGAACGCUGUGGGUGACGUCACACUCACUUAGUCCACUUCUUUACACAGUCUGUGAUGUAACCAGAACUAUGCAUCCUCGUGUGUGACUUUGUGAAGAUGUUUGUGCCAUUUUAUCUUCUUUGUUUACAGCCGUGUAUAUUUAAGUUUUAAUUUAUCACUGCCUAAUGAGUGAUAUGUAAAUAGCGUUUGUGUUUUAAUGCAGAUUUUGAUAUUUGAGGAGCCACUAGGCAAACGGCACAUGUAUGUUUGUAUGUAUGUUUUUAUGAGAAAUGUGAUGGAAAUGGAAUCAUGAUAAAUACAACUUUUCUCUGUAGU